CCAGUUGACGCUGUCUGAGUUUGGAGACCGUUGAUACGAGAGACGCAGCCUCUACGCCACAUAGCCAACCACACAGAGCGCACUGGAGACAUUCUGCCAUGCGUUUUUACGCAAACGCGUUUUACUUGAAAUAAUUUUUAUUCACCUUCUACCAAAGAUCAUAAUAAGCAACCAGGUCUGACAACGAAACACUUUUUAAAAUGGAACUACAACAACUCAACGCUUCUUUUUCAAAAAACGACAGCGACCCAUUUGGAAGAAAUGAAGAAGUCGCUAAAAUUGAAAUAACCGUUUUGAGCAUUACUUUUGUUGUGGCAGUCAUUGGUAACAUUAGUGUACUGGUAGCUAUGUACAAUACCAAGAAAAAGACUUCCAGAAUGCAUCUUUUCAUCAAACACCUGAGCUUAGCCGACUUAGUGGUCGCUUUUUUCCAGGUUUUGCCACAACUGUGUUGGGAGAUUACAUUUCGUUUUUAUGGACCGGAUUUUCUCUGCAGGAUUGUAAAACACUUACAGGUGCUGGGAAUGUUUGCUUCUACAUACAUGAUGGUAAUGAUGACUGUAGACCGCUAUAUCGCAAUCUGCCACCCGUUGAAGACUCUCCAGCAACCGACUCGCAGGUCCUACAUCAUGAUCAUCAGCACCUGGGUCGGCAGCCUGCUGCUCAGCACGCCGCAGUCCUUCAUCUUCUCCCUGAGUGAAAUAAAGAACGGGUCCGACGUGUACGACUGCUGGGGGCACUUCAUCGAGCCGUGGGGUUUGAAGACCUACAUCACCUGGAUCACAAUUGGGAUCUUUUUAAUCCCAGUUUCUGUUCUGAUGGUUUGUUACGGAUUCAUAUGUCACAGUAUUUGGAAAAACAUUAAAUAUAAAACGAAAAAAACCACGUCCGAUGCCACGCAUAAAAAGGGUUUAAUUGGCAAGAACUCCGUUAGCAGUAUCACCACUAUAUCCCGUGCGAAGCUGAGGACAGUCAAAAUGACUUUUGUUAUUGUUCUGGCAUAUAUUAUUUGUUGGGCGCCGUUUUUUACGGUCCAGAUGUGGUCGGUGUGGGAUGAAAACUUCUCAUGGGCCGAUUCUGAGAACACCGCUGUCACUCUCUCUGCACUGCUAGCCAGUCUGAACAGCUGCUGCAACCCCUGGAUAUAUAUGAUCUUCAGUGGUCACCUUCUGCAGGACUUUGCAUACUGCUUUCCAUGUUGCCACAAAAUCCACCAGAAGUUCAGGAAAGAAGACUCAGACAGCAGUAUCAGGAGAACCACGCUCCUGACUAAAAUAACAAACAGAAGUCCCACGUGCAGUUCAGGGACAUGGAAAGAUCUGGAUAACUCACCGAAGUCAGACAGGUCAAUUCCAUUGGACCUGCAGUCUUGAUUCCCUGUAUCAGUGCUCCAUAUUUAUUAACUUUUUUAUUAAAAUGGUGGCACGAGGUACCUCAAACUGAAUGUGAUCUUGCCAUAGACUCUGCAGGACAUGCCCUGCCACAUUUAGGGCAUGUCCUGUCUGAACUAAGGGGCAUGUUAUGUCUGACUUAAAGAGUGUUGGGGGGGGGGAAGGCACAAUGUGGUGUGAAUCGGUCUGAGCCAAGGUCUCUCGUUGGUAUAGGUCUGGACCGGAGAGCCCAAUCUGUCUGAUUCUGUCCAGACAGAAUUUGCUUAUCUACAUUUACCCUCCAUCCCUCAAUCUGCUUUCCAAAUGCCAAGUCUGACCGUUUGAGAUUUCAUAGGGGCAGCAGGGGCACGUGCGUCAGCAGAGGUAUUUGAGCAGCUCAAGAGAGGAUUACUAAUGGAGAGAUGGCCGGUCCCUUAUGAGACCAGAAAGUGACAAGCCAACUAUAAAAUACCAGUCCUGAUUGCAGUAUAGUUUUCACAGAUUUGAUAGCUCUCGGGGUUAUUGGCCGGGAAUUCACAGUGCACGAAACAGGUCAGUCGAAGGAGGUUGUGAAAGCACUCCCUGGAUCUGUCCAUCACUGUAUAUAGACUUGAGAUGUUCCAUAUGUGCUACUCAUGAAUGUAAACAUGUGUGUGUGUGUGCGUGUAUGUGUGUGUGUGUCUGUGUGUGUGUGUGUGUGUAUGUAUGAGUGUGCUUGUGCUUGAGGUGGAAGGGUAUUUCUCCAUUCUUCCACUAUGCUGAAAACAUCUUUGUGGUUGCACAAUCAUGCUGGGAAUGAAUAUGUUUAAAUCACUUCCAUCAACUCCACACACAUUGCUUCUUACUCCAGAAUGUUGAAAAAAGUUCCCUUUGCUCUAUUGUAUUUCACAAGGCACCACGCAGUGCACGCAGUGUAAAUAUAAAUAUAAAUGUCCUCUUUAGUGGUUAGUGUACAAAAGCACUAGUUGAAAUCACAGCAGGGUUUUGAAGAAUGUAUAUGAACUAUGUGGGGGUGGGAGACCAAUGCAUAGGGGACAGGAACUGGUGGCCAAGCGACUGCAGAAUCUGUUCUGCAGUUAUAUGGUGUGAGGAAAGGGGUAAACACAUUUUUCACAUUUAGGGCAAUAUAAAGAAAGCAUGCUUUGCCAUUACGGUCAUAUGACUCUGUCUGGGGUAUAGGAAUCUAUAGGCUAUUUUGUCAAGCAAAUUCUAUGUCAAGGUUCUCUUAACUGACAAAAUGUAAUGUUAUUUAUCAAGGGAGCUUGUCCCCUUCACCUCAACUAGAGAUUGUGCAUUCUUGUCAACACGUAUAAACAUUAUUCAUCAUUUCUGAAAUCAUUGUCCUCAGAUAAUACUUGUUGUAGGCUAUAUGAAGAAAUUGCACAUCAAGUCAAAAACACAAAUGAUGUUACCUGUAUGUAACACCUAAUCAUUUCAAUGUUAAGUGAUCUUUAUGCUGUUCUGCUUGUACACUGUGUAAAGAAAAUAUAUAUUGCGUAAUAUAAAAGGAUGCUAUGCUCUGA